UUCACUCGAGCAGCCUUCCCUUCAGCGAAGACUCUCUGCGUCGAAGCUCACCUGCGAGAAGCUUCCCUGUGCGGAGAGCGUGUCAAGCCUGAAGAAGGACAAUGAAUUUCCUCGACGAUUUUAUGCCUUUGGCUCACCCACGGACGAGGAAAUAUCCGACAUAAGAGUACAUGUCAAAGAAGAGCUCAACAGUAAUGUCACCAAAGAGACCUGUCUGGAUAUCAAGGAGGAACCAUUUGGUUAUGCAUAUGACGCGAAGGAUGAAAUGAGCGACGUGAAAGUGAAACAAGAAAACCUUUUCUUUCAUAAUCUUCAUGGCCAGAGGCAUGGUGCAAAUGCAAAGGACUCGUGUGUUUUUGUUCAGGAUUCUCAGAACUUUUUAAGAAAAAAUAUUCCAGUGAUACACAUGAGAGUACAAACAAAUGAGAAGCCAUACAUCUGUGAUAUUUGCAGCAAGGCCUUCUCUCGGAAAUAUGAUCUUGGCAAGCAUAUCAGAGUACAUACAAAGGAGAAGCCAUACGUUUGUGAGAUUUGCAACAGGGCCUUUUCAGAAAAAGGGUAUUUAGAGAAACACAUGAGAGUGCAUACAGGGGAGAAACCAUACACCUGUGAAAUUUGCAAAAAGGCCUUCUCAGAAAAAAGUAGUCUAGUGAAACACAUGAGAGUGCAUACAGGGGAGAAAUCAUACGUCUGUGAUAUUUGCAAAAAGGCCUUCUCAGAAAAAAAGUAGUCUAGUGAAACACAUGAGAGUGCAUACAGGGGAGAAAUCAUACGUCUGUGAUAUUUGCAAAAAGGCCUUCUCAGAAAAAGGGAGUCUAGUGAA